AUGAACCCGCAAUGUUCAAAAUGUAAAGCAGCAAUGAGGAAAUAUAACUACUCCGUCAAAGAGAUAGAACGUAUGCGAAACGACUAUGCUGACUUAAAGAAAGAAGUAGAGAAACCAGCAGAAGAUAAAAUGAACAUGUUAGCAUUUCUGAACAAAAACUAUCCAACUGCUGACGAUUUCCUUCUAUCUGACGUCAAGAAGAAGUAUAAAGAAACUUUCGGUAUCGUUAAAACAUUCGAUGUACUGACAGAAGAAAUAGAAGCUACGAAAUUGUUUAGGAUUUCAAAUAUACAUCAUACAAUUCAUGUAAAACGCUUAUAA